UGACACUGAUCAAUUGUUUACCUUAGUUACUUCCGGUUUCAAAGUAAAAGUAAAAAUCGUUAAAAUUUGCGUUUUGUUUCGUUUUUAAAUGAUUUAAACAUUUCGAUCAUGAUAACAUAAUCUGUACAUUUGUUUCAUACACAUGUCCGUUAUGACAGAGAACGAUUUCAAGCAAAGUGUCAUUAUUGGCACAGUGGUGUUGGGGAUUUUUGUAGCAGGUUACAUGAUUCAGGUAGAAAGGAAAGCUGCCGUUGCUGACAGAAAGUUUUCAGAGUGGAUUGAAAGAAAUCAUCUUGCAGAAUUUGUUCAGUUAUUUUUUCAAGAAGAUAUUGGGUAUCUGGAUGGACUUGUUCAUUUUGAUAUCGAGAGGGUCAAAUCCUUCAAGAAAGUAUCUAAGGAAAGAAAAGACAGAGUUAAAGAAGCAAUUGAGAAGUUAAAAGAAGAAACAGUGCUUAAGACCUGGCUACACACUAAGGGACUGCCAGAGGAAUACGUUGAUAGAUUAAAGUUAAUUGGUGUUGAAGAUCUUCGGCAACUCAGCUUACUGUCAGACAAAAGACUUCAGUCGUUGACGGAACAUGAUCAUACGUUUGAAGACUAUCGAGAUUUUAUGCGCGGCAUUUCACAACUUAAAAGUUAUCGCAACAAACUGCAUGAUGUGGAAAGAGAAAUGCUCAUCCAUCAUAAAGCUGGAAUUGUUUUGCCUGGCUCAUAUUCACUUCUUACAUUUUUCUUGAUAGUUCUGACCACACUUUUGCUGAUUGGAGUGACAUUCUGUAUUAUGCUGAUCUCUCGUGCCCAGAAUGUCGGAUCCAUGUUCAAUCUGUCAAGUAUUUCCAAGAAGUCCCUGUACUUCCUUACGGGGCAAGCAGAUUCUUGA